AUGGCGAGAGUGUUCGAAGCCGCGGAUGCGAGCAAUUUGGUGACUGAGCUUCGACGGAGCUUUGAUUCCGGAGUGACUCGCGGUUACGAGUGGAGAGUGAAUCAGCUUAAGAAGCUUCUCAUAAUAUGCGAUAAUCACGAGCCUGAGAUCGUCGCUGCUCUCCACGACGAUCUCGGUAAACCUGAGCUCGAAUCUUCUGUCUACGAGGUAGCUUUACUGAGAAACUCAAUCAAAUUAGCUCUCAAGCAGCUAAAAGACUGGAUGGCGCCAGAUAAGGCAAAGACAUCUCUAACAACGUUUCCUUCAUCAGCUGAAAUCAUUUCAGAGCCACUUGGUGUUGUUCUUGUAAUCUCUGCUUGGAACUAUCCCUUCCUGUUGUCUAUUGAUCCUGUUAUUGGUGCAAUCUCUGCUGGGAAUGCUGUUGUUUUAAAGCCAUCAGAGCUGUCUCCAGCUUCGUCUUCUCUGCUCUUGAAGUUAAUCGAACAGUAUCUAGACCCUUCCGCUGUGAGAGUUGUGGAAGGCUCGGUUGCUGAAACAACUCUGCUUCUUGAUCAGAAAUGGGACAAAAUAUUCUACACAGGUAGUUCGAAAAUCGCUCGUAUCAUUAUGACUGCAGCUGCGAAGCAUCUCACACCGGUUGUCUUGGAGCUUGGUGGAAAAUCUCCUGUUGUUAUCGACUCUGAUACCAAUUUGAAAGUUACUAUCAAGAGGAUAAUCCAAGGGAAAUGGGGUUGUAACAAUGGACAAGCGUGUGUUUCUCCAGAUUACAUCUUGACGACGAAAGAGUUUGCUCCUAAAGUGAUUGAUGAACUGAAGCAAGAACUGGUGGCGUUUUAUGGGAAGAACCCUAUGGAGUCCAAAGAUCUGUCUCAUAUUGUGAACACGAAUCACUUUGAUCGUUUGUCUAAGAUGUUAGAAGAGAAGGAAGUCUCUGAGAAAAUCAUCCACGGUGGUGAAAAAGACAGAGAAAAACUGAAAAUCGCUCCAACAAUCUUGCUCGAUGUACCGUUAGAUUCUCUGAUCAUGAAUGAAGAAAUCUUUGGCCCUCUCCUCCCAAUCUUCACGCUCAACAACUUGGAAGAGAGUUUCGACGUGAUUCGUUCUCGACCUAAACCGCUUGCUGCAUAUCUGUUUACUCAAAACCAGAAGCUGAAAGAGAGAUUCGCCAUGACAGUUUCCGCUGGAGGCAUUGUUGUCAACGACAUUGCUGUUCAUCUUGCAGUUCACUCUUUACCAUUUGGAGGAGUUGGUGAAAGUGGAAUGGGAUCUUACCAUGGUAAAUUCUCAUUUGAUGCCUUCAGUCACAAGAAAGCUGUUCUCUACAAAAGCUUCUUCGGCGAUUCUGCGAUUAGGUAUGCGCCCUACUCUAGAGGAAAGCUUAGAUUGUUAAAGGCUCUUGUCAACAGCAACCUAGUUGAAGUAUUCAAAGUCCUUUUAGGUUUUAAGUAA